AUGACAGACGGUGACAGAAAUCUCCCAACCAUCGAGAGGAAGCUGGGACUGCAGAUAUGGGGCAUAGAGAACAUGAAGAUGGUUCCUGUACCUGAAAAAGCUUACGGGACUUUUUUUGAAGGAGACUGUUACAUCAUUUUGCACACCAAAAGGACCUCCCGUGGCUCUGCUGUGGAUCUGCACUACUGGCUUGGCAAGGAUUCCUCCCAGGAUGAGCAAGGUGCUGCGGCCAUGUACGUGACCCAGCUGGACGCCGCGCUCGGGGGCAGCCCCGUGCAGCACCGGGAGGUGCAGGGGCACGAGUCCGAGACCUUCCAGAGCUAUUUCCGCCACGGGAUCAUCUACAAGAAGGGAGGAGUGGCUUCAGGAUUUAAGCACGUGGAGACCAACAUGUACAACAUCAAGCGUCUUCUUCAUGUGAAGGGCAAGAAGCACGUGUCAGCCACGGAGGUAGCGCUUUCCUGGGACAGUUUCAAUAAGGGAGAUGUUUUCUUGCUGGACCUUGGUAAAGUGCUGAUCCAGUGGAAUGGACCCAGCUGUAGCAUUGCUGAGAAAUCCAGGGGUCUUGCUCUGGCUCGGAGCAUCAGGGACAGCGAGAGGGGCGGCCGUGCUCAGAUUGGCAUCAUUGACAACGAGAGGGACUCGCCAGACCUGAUGCAGAUCAUGAGGAUGGUGCUGGGCGAGAGGCGCGGGGAGCUCCGCGACGCCGUCCCCGACACCAAAGCAGAUGAGUUACAGAAGGCGAACGUGCGGCUCUACCAUGUCUAUGAGAAGGACAAUGACCUGGUGGUGCAGGAGAUCGCCACCCGGCCCCUGACGCAGGAUCUGCUCCAGCACGAGGACUGCUACAUUUUAGACCAAGGUGGCUUCAAAAUUUAUGUCUGGAGAGGAAAAGCCUCCAGCCCAGAAGAGAAAAAAGCAGCAUUCACUCGAGCUGUGGGUUUUAUCCAAGCCAAGGGCUAUCCUUCAUCCACCAACGUUGAGGUGAUCAAUGAUGGAGCAGAGUCAGCCAUGUUCAAACAGCUCUUCCAGAGGUGGACAGAGAAGAACGAAACACAAGGGCUGGGCAAGGUCUACACUACAGGCAAAAUUGCCAAGGUGGAGCAGGUGAAGUUUGACACCACCCAGCUCCAUGCCAGACCUGAGCUCGCAGCUGAGCAGAGGAUGGUUGACGAUGCCUCUGGGGAGAUCGAGGUGUGGAGGAUUGAGGACUUGCAAAUGCAGCCAGUGAAUCCCAAGACAUAUGGGCAGUUUUAUGGGGGUGAUUGCUACCUGGUUCUGUACACCUACCUGAGGUCAGGCAGACCCCACUACGUCCUCUACAUGUGGCAGGGCCGCCAUGCUUCUGUGGAUGAAAUCACUGCCUGUGCCCUCAAUGCCAUCGAGCUGGACAAGAAAUAUGGGGACGAGGCUGUGCAGGUGCGAGUGACAAUGGGCAAGGAGCCCAGGCACUUCCUGGCCAUCUUCAAGGGCAGGCUGGUCAUCUACGAGGGCGGCACGAGCCGGGCUCAGAAAAGCACACCCGAGCCAGCAAUCCGCCUCUUCCAGGUGAGGGGCACGGAUGAGGUGAACACAAAGGCCACAGAGGUGCCAGCAAGAGCCUCCUCCCUCAACUCCAAUGAUGUCUUCCUGUUGGCCACCAGCCAAGUCUGCUACCUGUGGUGUGGGAAGGGAUGCAGUGGAGAUGAGCGGGAGAUGGCAAAAAUGGUGGCUGACAUCGUUUCCAGACGGGACAAGCACACCAUUCUGGAAGGACAGGAGCCAGCAGAGUUCUGGGAAGCUCUGGGAGGCAGAGCACCUUAUGCCAGUGAAAAGAGGUUCCAGGAGCAGAUCACACACUACCAGCCUCGCCUCUUUGAGUGCUCCAACCAGACAGGUCGGUUCAUCAUGACAGAGGUGGUCGGGUUCUGCCAGGAGGACCUGGAUGAAGAUGAUGUCAUGCUGCUGGACACAUGGGAAGAGAUUUUCCUUUGGGUUGGCAAAGCCUCCAACGCACAGGAGAGGAACGAGGCAAUUGCCUCAGCUAAGGAGUAUCUCAAGACCCAUCCAGCUGGGAGGGACUUGGCAACUCCCAUCAUCCUGGUGAAGCAGGGCUAUGAACCCCUCAACUUCACAGGGUGGUUCAACGCUUGGGACCCCUACAAAUGGAGUGAUGGGAAGUCCUAUGAGGACAUGAAGAACAGCUUGGGAGAUGUGUUGGCCAUAUCUGAGAUCAAAGUGAAUGAGACUGCUGACCUGAACAACCUCAGCCUGAACAAGAGAACCCUCAGCACGACCAGCCUGGCUGGUUCAGGUACAGCAAAUUCCUCCUCGGAGUACAAAUCUCACCUCAGCCACAGUGACAGCAACAGCAACAACUACAACAGCAACAGCCACAGCAGCCCUGCCAUGGUGCCCAACGGGGAAGGGAUUUACUCCCGAGAGGUGCUGAUGCACAGGACGGUGGAUGAGCUACCCGAAGGCGUGGAUCCCACUAAAAAAGAGUGCUAUCUCUCCGAUGCCGAUUUCCAUGAUAUCUUUGGGAAGUCCAAGGACGAGUUCUACCAGAUGCCCAAAUGGAAGCAGCAGAAUGAGAAGAAACAAUUUGGACUCUUCUGA